ACCUAAACAAAAACAUUGCGCAAUUUCAAGGGCAAACAGCUCCAACGUUUUAUAGGCCUAUCUAUAUGCUGAUGGUGAUACUCCGCAGGGUUUUGGUUACGAACCGUUAGUAGCGCGGCAAACGGCUUCCGUGUCUUAUUGCUGAGUAGUGUUCACCGGUUUACUGAUACGAUACUGUGGGGUAAAAGUGAAAGUGAUAUUCGUCUGGAGCUUUGAUUAUGGCCGGUAAUCGCACAGUUCGAUUGGGAUGCAGUCUAGGGCAGCGUAUGGGUCUAGCGACCAGAGUGACACACCAUGAAACAGAAUGGGACAAAGCUCUUCCGUACAGCAAAAUUCCCGCUCCGAGUGUGUUCAAGAUGCUCAAGAAUUUCGGACCAGGCGGUCGCCAGUACAACGCCGGUCUCCCUGAGGUGUAUCGCUUCUUCCGCGACAGCUACGGCGACCUGGUUCGGAUGCCGGGCCUGUUCGGCAAACGGGAUAUGCUGCUGAGCUUCCAUCCGGACGACUACGAAACGUUGUUUCGCAACGAGGGCCAAUGGCCGCUGCGCCGAGGGCUGGACACUUUCGGAUACUACCGGAUGCACGUGCGUCCGGACGUGUUCAAGGGCAAAGGCGGAUUGGUGGCUGAUCAAGGAGAAAAUUGGCAGAAAUUCCGAUCUACUGUUAAUCCAGUCAUGCUACAACCGAAAACUGUAAAGCUUUAUGUCAAUAAGCUGGACAAGGUUGCCCUUCAGCUAAUGGGAUUAAUGCUUAACAUGCGUGACAGCAAAAACGAAUUACCGGCGAAUUUCAAGCAGUGGAUCAAUCGUUGGGCGUUGGAGUCCAUGGGCGUCUUAGCGUUGGACACCCGAUUUGGAUUACUGGAUAGCAAGCAGUCGGUGGAAGCGCAAAUAAUUGUCACCAAUCUGCAGGAAUUCUUCGAACUGACCUACCAGCUGGACGUUCUGCCCUCGAUCUGGAGAUACUACAAAACGGCAUCGUUCAAGCGGUUGAUUACGGUGCUUGACAGAAUCACUGAGAUCGUUAAAUCUAAAAUAGAAGAAGCGGCAGCGAGAUUGGAAAGUAACCCUUCAGCUCCCAGUGAAACCCAGAGUGUACUGGAAAAGCUGUUGAAAGUCGAUCGAGACAUUGCGUUCAUCAUGGCGUGCGAUAUGCUGAUGGCUGGAGUUGAUACGACAGGAGCGGGAGUCACCGGUAUCCUGUACUGCCUUGCCACCAACCCAGACAAACAGGCCAAGCUUCGGGAGGAGAUACGAACCAUCCUGCCGAAUAAGGACUCUGCGUUGACACCGGAGAACAUGCACAACCUUCCGUAUCUUCGGGCAUGCGUCAAAGAGUGCAUCCGGUUGUGUCCACCGGUUUCGGCAAACGUCCGGGCCACGGGCAAAGACCUAGUCCUUCGAGGUUAUCAGGUUCCAAAGGGGACUGACGUGGCAAUGAGCUCCAUGAUUCUACAGAACGACGAGCGGUUCAUGACACGUGCCAAGGAGUUCAUCCCGGAGCGGUGGCUCAAGUUGGACGACUAUCCGAGCGUUCAGGAUGCCCAUCCGUUUCUGAUUUUGCCGUUCGGGUUUGGAGUUCGGACCUGCAUUGGGCGGCGAUUGGCCAUGUUGGAGAUGGAGAUUCUCACUGCCCGCAUAACGCGCCUAUUUGAGUAUCGGUGGAACUAUGGGGAGCUGAAGAUUCGCGGGAACUUGGUCAACAUGCCCAUCAACGAGCUCAAGUUUCAGAUGACGGAGGUGGAAGAUUAGUUUUUAGAGUACUUUUUAAGUAACUUAAGGUUUACUAUAAGGUCGUGAUAUAUGUUGAAUGCAAAAAGUUUUGUCAUAAUUAGGGUAAUAAUUUCAAGAAAAAUAUAAAUCAAACACAGUAAGUUAAAUAA